AUGCAGACUACCGACUCAAUGCAAAAGAAGCAGCCAUUGAUGUCAAGAUUCAAGACAGUCGCCCAGAAGCCUCUUGGUGAAAAAACCGCUCCGCAGUCCAUGGGCAAGGAGAACUCACAUCCUGUUAUCUAUCCUGCCCCGCCGACUCCGAAUCUGUCUUUCGAGAACUAUUACCAGAAGCCUUCAGGCAAACGAGUACUAUUAGAGCCAGCUCCCAUCAAAGAAGCUCGACCACAGAAGAAGCAGAAGCUGGAUGAUGCUCCUCUUCCAUCGCCCGAGUCCUUUCCGCCGAUUCCCGACGAUGGCACCAAGCCCGGCCACAGCUAUGCCACGCUGAUUGGUAUGGCCAUUCUACGGGCUCAAAACCGACGCCUCACUCUAUCUCAAAUUUAUAAGUGGAUCUCAGAUACAUACUCGUUCUACAACGCCCAGGACGCGGGAUGGCAGAACAGCAUCCGCCACAACCUCAGCCUGAACAAGAAUUUCAUCAAACAAGAACGGCCCAAGGAUGAUCCAGGAAAGGGCAAUUACUGGGCAAUUGAGCCCGAGGCUGAUCGCCCGCGGAUUAAACGGGGCAGGGCUGAAGAGGAAAUUGCUCGCAUUCGUGCCUCGUCAUAUGAUAGUCCGACCAAGGGCCGUUCGUGGAAUGGAUUUGCUCCACCCUCCUCAUCGCCUCUUCGUCAGAACCCGAACAAUGAGUCGCAUCAGAUGUUGCCUCCACUGACUCCGGCAUUGAAACUGAAGGCGCCCCCUAAGCCUCCACCGUCCGUGUCUCCGAAUACCAACCUCAAGCUCCACCGCGAUAGAGUUCGUUCAAUGCUCCAAUCGCCCUUGAGACGGGUCAGCAAUAUGGGUGAGGUGGGCGAGCCGCGACCUUACAGCCCUGGCCCUGGUAAUUAUGAUCUGUUUGAGCGCGAUUUCGUCUACGGAGAAGCCUGUGACCAUUUUGAUAUUUUCAACGAUGGCUCGGCAUUCUUCGGAAACGUAGAAAAUGGAUCUCCAGAGAAGCGCUCUGUCAAGAGAAUGCGUCUAGAUCGGGCACACAGCGCAAGCAUUCUCACCGACAUCACAAAUUCUGCAUCUCACAAGUCUGUUACAUCAGCCCCCUUUCUCAAGGUACCUGGGCAGUCACCUGCUGUCAAUUUUGAGACCCCGAGCAAGGCUUUUGACGGCUUGAGCUCUCCCAGCAAGCUCCUCAACUUCCAGUCUCCAAGCAAGGCACCUCUUUUCGACGACAGCUUGGCCAAUAUCGAGAAUACCAACUGGAUCUUGGAUGACUUCUGCACGACUGAUUUCCUUGACGAUCCAAACGACUUCUCUGGUCUUGAUAUUCUACAAGGCUUCGAAAAGAUUGGUGGUGGUUCUCAACCAACGCGUCCCACCUCUAAGCCAGCUUUUGGUCGCAGCUAUACUUCUACCUUCUAA